AUGGCUGACUGCCAGGAGCCGCCUGUGGGAGCUCUCCCGACGCCAGGUGUGUAGUUGCUUAGGCCAAGGCUAAACUUUGAAUACGAGCUAAUGCUGACCCGACACGGAUGGGAUACCGAAGGAAAAAAACUAGAAUAUAAUAGUUGGACCUCCCGCUAGGGCAUUAGAGUUGCCUCCAAGUUUCCAUCGCCUUCUUCUUUUUAUAUAACUUAUCUCAGCUGAGGGUUCAAAGACAGUUUCUCCGUUGUGCCUCUCUUCCGGAAAUCCUGCACGCCUUAACGUGUAGUCCCACACAGGCCUUAUAAAGGACCUAGCUACGGACCCUCGCAACAGAGUCAUCACCAACUUCGAGCUUCACUCUAGCACAAGCACAUUUCGUGACAACAUGGUUCGCGUUGGGUUGAAAGAAACGCUUCUCUCCUUACUCCUCAUUGGGGGUGGGAAUUGUACCCCGUCAGAUAACUCGUCCCUACCGAUUGUGGACCUUGGAUACGUCAAACAGCAGGCCACCUCUUACAACCAAACCUACGAUUUCUACCACUUUCGCAAUAUAAGAUAUGCCGCGCCACCUCUCGGUGAUCUUAGAUUCCGCAAACCUCAACCACCACUUAAUCAGUCUGGGAUACAAAAUGGAGACAUCCCCAUUGUGGAGAGUGCCUGUCACCAAGCCUCUAUCCCCUUUGCGCCAUCCCAGUUCGGAGAGACCUUCGGCGUUGAGGAUUGCCUGGUAAGUUUAUGGCCUCCGAUAUCCAGUGCCUUUUCUUUUCCCUUCCCCUUGGUUAACAAGAGGGGGGUGGUCAGUACCUGGAUGUCUACGCCCCAGCGUCCCUCAGGCCAGGCGGUAAUGCGCCGGUCCUCAUCUGGAUCUACGGUGGUGGUUAUACCAUCGGUUCUAAAGAGAUGUGGGGGGAUCCGGCGCGUUUGAUUCAAUCCGCUGAUGAGCCGAUGAUAUACGUAUCCAUCAAUUACAGGUCAGUCAUUGCUCUGAAACGUGGCCGCACCAAAACUAUCCAUCACGAAUGCUAAUUCAUGAUUUACCUUAGGCUUGGAGCUUUUGGGUGGUUGUCUCCGCAGAAUGUUACAGACAUCGAUGCAAAUAUCGGUCUUCAUGACAGCCUGGCUGCAAUGGAAUGGGUCCAAGAGCACAUCUCAAAGUUUGGGGGUAACAAGGGCAAGAUUACCGUAAUGGGUGAGAGCGCGGGAGGCGGAGUUAUCAUGCACACAAUAACGGGUUACGGAGGGGAAGGCAAGAAACUUCCCUUUCAACAGGUAUAUCCACUUCUCGUACAUCCCAAUGCGCAAUUGGCAAGAACCGCCUAACAUUAAUAUGGCCUGAAAAAGGCAAUCAUCCAAUCAGCCGGAUUCGACCCCAAAAGAACACAUCACCAUGAACGGAAUGCUCAGUACGACACGUUUAGGAGGAGUGCAAACUGCACCACCCUGAAAUGCCUUCGUGAUGCGCCCACUGAGGUACUGUUGAAAGCAAAUGACGACGUUAUAACGGAAAUUUUCACUGGGGAAAUUGGAUCUUUUGGCCCGGCAGUUGAUGGGGACUAUGUCCCGGAUGUUGCUAUGAGACUCCUAGCUCAAGGGAAGUACCACCAUGAGCUCAAAAGCCUGGUUGCGAGCAACACCGGGUUCGAGGUAUGCCGGCAUCCCCACCACCUACACUGCAGCGGAACUAACUCUUCUCCCAGGCUGGAUUUGUAUUCCCUACCCCGGACAAUGUAACCCAGGACACGUUCAACAACUCCUUCAACAGUUUCUAUCCGCUAGCUCCAGAAGCUCUAAAACAAAAGACACUCGCCCUAUACCCGUAUCAAGGUCCCGGCACCCCCGAAUGGCUGCGAGCCAGCGCCCUCUGGGGCGAUACAAUCUUCAACUGCAACCAUGUAUGGUUGGCAAAAUCGUUCAAUAUGUCCUACAGAUACAUCUUCAAUAUCCCACCGGCAAUUCACGGUCUGGACAUUUUCUACACCUUCUAUAUCGGCCCCGACGCGGCAAUUGCGAAUGAGACAGCCGCUGUCAUCCAUCAGGAGUACAUCACCGACUACGUCACUCGCGGGGAACCCGGUUGCGACGGGGGUGUCUGCUUCCCCCAAUAUGGGGGGGCCGCGAAUGCUAUUCUGGUGAACCUUACGGAAAUUGAAGUUGUGAGGGAUCCGUGGGCGACUGAAAGAUGUGAUUUAUUGAUGGAACUUGCCGAGUACAGUUAAGCUUUUCAGGGAGAUGCUGUUAUAACCCAGAAGGGCAGAGUUUUUGGCGGCCAUUAGGGAAAUGACAUGGAAUCACAUUUUGGACCGCAAUAAUAUAUCUUUUGUUAAAAUCUAGUCAUUCAAUAGCA